AGACCCUUUAAAAAGUAGCAUCUUCACCCGGGAUUAUUUUAGUCUAACCUCCUGCAUGGUCCUGACUGUGGCUGAGUGUUCGUGGCUGAUUUAGCUGUCGAGUAAAAGCAGCUAGCUGGCCAAGUUGUGGUUCGUCAGAUAGCUAAGCUAAGCUAGGCUAACUAUCCACUGCUGCCUCUGUGUAUAAUUAGCGUGCUAGUUUGGCUAGCCACCUAGCGGACUGUUUGUGGGAUCCAGAUAGUCGGGGUGGAGGAUCACAAGUGUGGCUGAAGGGCUGAGACUGGGAGAGGAAAGCUACUCUGCACUGGAGGGCAGAGCCUAAUGCCUCAGAAAUGUGAAACUAUCAGUUACUGUUGUCCCACCCCUUACAGGGAACCAAGGAAACAAACCUGCCAUCCACAGAAAGUCUGGAGGUUUUCAGCCAUGCACCUCAAGCCAUACCCUAAACUACAGGAUAAAGAACUUCACCAGGACAGGGGACAGGAUGGCACAGGAAAUCUUGUGGGUCAACGGGGAGUACUCAGAACUGAGUGGGGUGAUCGCCAAGCAUGCAGUCUUGUAGGUUCGCCUGGCAACGGCACAGUCAACCGGUGCCCCCUCAGUGUCCUUUCCACCAAUACUCUCCGUUGUACCACCAACAAUAACAGUACCACACCCACAAAAGCAAGUGAGAGUUUCUACCCAUCAUGGGGCCACAAGAGCAAGACAUCUUCCUCUGUCACUACAUUCACUAGUUCUUUAGUGCUACUCUCCUCCUCCACUGGCAUGGAGAAUGAAGGCUCACUAGGAAUAUACCAAGGGGAGGAUGGGGAGGGAUCGUUAGACAUAUGGGCAGUCAUUAAGCCUGGAAACACCAAAGAAAAGAUUGCAAUAUUUACUGCCCAGAAAUGUAGUCACAUUGCAACAGGUGGCAGUGACAAAGCUUCCGAUAAACUGGGAAUUACAACAGAUUUGCGAACAGUAUCGAUGAAAAGCAAGGGUUGUUGGGAUGGUGACUGGUCUGUGGCCAAGCGACGAAAGCGGUCUGGAAAUGUAGACAAGUCCACAUGCAUUACUCCUCCUGCACAAAAGUCUGAAUUCUGUACAGCACUCUUGAACACCAACAAAAACAGUGCUUCCUCUGGUAUAGCUGGGGAGAUUGAGAAGACCGAUGGAGAAGAUGGUGGGAAAACAGUUUCUGUGGUUGAAAUGGUGGCAUACUUGGAGCAGAGGGCUAGCGACCAACAUGUAGACCUGAAACGUCCAUCAUUGCGAAGCUCCAGCACGUUUACUCUGUCCAAAAGUCUGUCCCUUCUUACUCAAGCUGAACCGGUAUCAAAAGGCCCACAGCAGUCCGACGUCAAUGAGGAAGAAGAAUCUGUGCGAGUGCUGGACAUGGUUGCUAAGUUGGAAUCUCAGUGCCUCAGCAGACAAGGUAUGAGAGAGGGAGGAGACCUCUCGCGCAACAACAGUUUGCGAAGAAGAGUGGGGCGUGUUUUGCUAGCAGGAUCUGAAUCAUACUCUGCAGUCUUGCCUAGCCAGGUGGCAUUGCCUAGCCUUCCUCAGGAUAAGAGAGCUGAUGGUCACUCGGAGCAAGUUGCUAAUGAUGUAGAUAAGCUUAAAGCCCUGCCAGAAGCCCAUGUACCUGUGCUCUCGGAGCGUUUUGCUCUUAGAGGUAGGAAUGUGGCCAAACGGGAGACAUUUGAUAAAGUAGACACCAUAAACAGCCUGUGUACUCUGGCCAAUCAGGCCAGCUCAGAGACCCAUGAGUGCAGAGAGGAGCCUCUUCCAGGCAUGCUGUUCUUUGCGCAGGCUCCUCAGGAGCAGAGAUGUUGCUCUAUUUCUAAGAAUAUCUCCAUAUCCCAAAAUACAGAGGACCCUUCUAAUGACCAAAAAAAUGAACAGAGAGGGGCACCACUACACAAACAGGCACUUGAGCCGCCUUCUGCUAAUGUGGCUUUCAGAGAGGAAAACUUGGAUAAACUGGAGGACGAGCAUGAUUUGGUGGAAAUGGAAGAAGAGUUUGGUGGAAAUAAUCGCAGUCCUGUGCCUUUGCGUCGCCUAGUGUCUCAUGAAUUCUUGGAGACCCGCUUUAAGAUUCAGCUCCUCCUGGAGCCCCAACAGUAUAUGGCAUUUAUGCCCCACCACAUCAUUGUCAAAAUCUUCAGUUUGCUGCCUACUGAAAGCCUGGCUGCCCUCAAGUGCACCUGUCAUUAUUUCAAGUUCAUAAUCGAGAGUUAUGGUGUGCGCCCAGCUGACUCCCGUUGGGUCAGUGAUCCACGCUACAAAGACGAUCCCUGCAAGCAGUGCAAGAAGCGCUAUGACCGUGGUGACGUGUCACUUUGUCGUUGGCACCAUAAGCCCUAUUGCCAGGCGUUGCCCUAUGGCCCUGGCUACUGGAUGUGCUGCAGGGAGGCCCAUAAGGACACACCCGGUUGCAAUGUGGGACUCCAUGACAACCAGUGGGUUCCUGCCUUUCAUAGUAUCAAUAUGCCAAUUUAUAAAAAAAGCUGUGACGGUGAAGAUGAUGUGUAGUGUGCUGGAUUGGGAUGGUGUAUGCAUAUUUUUUUUGUUUUUUUUGCAAGUCCAUGUAACUGUAACUGGUAUGGGUGAAUACUGGUUCUUGUGCCUCUGCCAUUAAUAGGAGCAUGUGCUUUUUUUUCUUUCUUUCUUCUUUCUUCUUUUUUUUUAUUUUUUAUUUUUUAAAUUGUUGAAUCAGCUUGCAUCCACACUGCUGAAACUAACCAGAUGUAUGGCUGUAUUUUUGCCUCUAAUUCUCCCCUCUGCCCACCAACCACCACCAUGUCUACAGAGCCUACUCAGGUCCUUAAAGUUGAUCUGCACUUUAACCUUCAAUUGCUGAAUUCUUGCAAAUUGUCCAGGGUACUUUCCGUUGUUUUUAUGCUCAACAAGCAUUAAUUAGUGUCGCACUAACUUAUUUGUGUCGCAGUAACUGAGAACACUUCAGAAACAUUUCCCAUUUCUUGUAAUUUAAUGUUAGACACAAAAAGCCUAACUAUGUUUUAGCAUAUAUUUCAAAACAAUUAGUCCAUUUUUCUUUUCCUAACAGACAAGUUGGCUUAAAGAGCUUAAGGUAGAUAAAAAUCUGCUCCUUCGCCCAUCUUAUAAUUGCAAUGGCUAUAAAUGUUCUGGGAUCAUGUACUUUUUAGCAUUGUUUCUCGCUGGUCUGAAAGGCGAUCCCAGUUGUUUACACUGUACAUAGCAGAGACUUAUAUAAUAAUAGGAUAAAGAGUUUCUAUUACUUGCAAUGGGUCCUUGGGUGGAACACCUUUUCAUGGCUGUGUUGUAGUCCACAUUGCUUCCUCUAGUUUUACAGUGUUUCCUUAAACUGUAAAGUGGCAGUGUGCAUGCCUUUAACUUCAAUAUCAGCACCUCCCUAGUAUGAUGCAGUGUUUCUCAUCGGGAAACCUUUGAAUGUAGGGAAGGGAUUCAGCUGCAUUAUCUUUUUCCACAGCCAUCUGGAUGGCAUCUGAUUUAAAAAAAACUGUCCAUCGCAAUGUAAAGAGAAUUGUCUCCAAAGUGCAUUUCAGAGUUUUAAAGAGCAUUAUAAUACAUGUGCUGUUUCUGCCUUAUGAGGCAUUUUACUUCAAUAAAGUGUAUUCAAGGAAGAUUUAA